CAACAAAGUUUCUCUCCUGCCUUGGAGAUGGGCUCUGGAAUGCUAUAAAACCACCUGCUGCAAGCUAGAUUUUUUAUUCUUAUCCUUCAGACUCUGAGCUCAUCAGUGCCAGAUUGAAGACAUUUUGCAAGAUGCGCGAGUGCAUUUCUAUCCACGUAGGACAAGCUGGUGUCCAAAUUGGUAACGCCUGCUGGGAGCUGUAUUGUCUGGAGCAUGGCAUUCAGCCAGAUGGGCAAAUGCCCAGUGACAAAACUAUUGGUGGUGGGGACGACUCCUUUAAUACUUUCUUCAGUGAAACUGGAGCUGGGAAGCAUGUGCCUCGGGCUGUCUUUGUGGAUCUGGAGCCCACUGUGAUUGAUGAGGUUCGGACUGGAACAUACCGACAGCUUUUCCAUCCAGAGCAGCUGAUCACCGGAAAGGAAGAUGCUGCCAAUAAUUAUGCCCGUGGACACUACACAAUUGGCAAAGAGAUCAUUGAUCUGGUGUUGGACAGGAUCCGGAAGCUGGCUGAUCAGUGCACCGGACUCCAGGGAUUCCUCAUUUUCCACAGCUUUGGGGGAGGUACUGGCUCAGGGUUCACUUCUCUGCUGAUGGAACGACUCUCUGUUGACUAUGGCAAGAAAUCCAAACUGGAAUUCUCCAUUUACCCAGCUCCACAGAUCUCUACAGCAGUGGUGGAGCCCUACAACUCCAUCCUCACCACUCACACCACCCUUGAGCACUCAGACUGUGCUUUCAUGGUGGACAAUGAAGCCAUCUAUGAUAUCUGCCGCAGGAACCUGGACAUAGAGCGUCCAACUUACACAAACCUGAACAGGCUGAUUGGCCAGAUCGUGUCCUCUAUCACAGCCUCCUUGCGUUUUGAUGGUGCCCUUAAUGUAGACCUGACGGAGUUUCAAACCAACCUUGUGCCAUACCCUCGCAUUCAUUUCCCUCUGGCCACUUAUGCCCCAGUCAUCUCUGCAGAGAAGGCUUACCAUGAGCAGCUUUCUGUGGCUGAAAUUACAAAUGCUUGCUUUGAACCUGCUAACCAGAUGGUGAAAUGUGAUCCCCGUCAUGGCAAAUACAUGGCCUGCUGCCUUUUAUAUCGAGGUGAUGUGGUGCCCAAAGAUGUCAAUGCUGCAAUUUCCACCAUUAAAACAAAGAGAACAAUCCAGUUUGUGGACUGGUGCCCCACAGGCUUCAAAGUGGGCAUCAAUUACCAGCCCCCCACUGUGGUUCCUGGUGGAGACCUAGCCAAGGUACAACGAGCAGUAUGCAUGUUAAGCAACACCACAGCCAUUGCAGAGGCCUGGGCCCGGCUGGAUCAUAAGUUUGAUCUGAUGUAUGCCAAGAGGGCCUUUGUCCAUUGGUAUGUAGGAGAAGGCAUGGAAGAAGGCGAGUUCUCUGAGGCACGAGAAGACACGGCUGCCCUAGAGAAGGAUUACGAAGAGGUGGGAACAGAUAGUAUUGAUGGAGAAGGAGAAGAAGAGGAAGGGGAUGAAUAUUAGCAGAGCUGUCUGAUAUGUGGGAAAUUAAAGUAUCAAUUACUUUAGAAUUUGGUGAGUCACUUCCCAAAAUAAAAUAUUAAUUAUAUCACAGAA